UCGAUUAGUGAGACAAAUCCCGAGCAUUUUAUGGCAAUUGGGCAGCCAAAUUAUGCUUAUAUUUAUAAACCACAUGCUUAUGCUUAAGCGUAGAAUGCACUCCCAUAAGUCAUUGCCUUCUCAAAGUUUCAGCUUCACUAAAUCUCCAGUCUCUCAGCUUUUUUAUGACCUCUUCCAAUGGAAGUUGCAAGCCCUUUAAAAGACAGCUCCGUGGCAUCGAGUCCUUUCUCUUCUCCGAACGUCUCCGCCUUGCUCAAGAUCAAGAUUUUAUCAUGGACACAAGAAACCGGUUUGCCUGUUUCUGUUAGCGUUCGUGUUGGCGGAAAGAUCUUCAACCUCCACAAGUUCCCACUUUUUUCAAAGAGUGGAUAUUUCAACAAGAGAUUGAACGAAUCAAAUGAGAUUGAGCUGCCACCGGGGUUCCCUGGCGGGCCAGAGACUUUCGAGAUGAUUGCACUCUUCAUCUACGGUUCCUCCACCUUGAUUGAUCCAUUCAAUGUGGUAGCCCUCAGAUGUGCAGCAGAGUUUCUUGAGAUGACAGAAGACUACUCCUCCGGAAACCUCUGCGAGCGCUUUGAUCUCUACUUAAACCAAGUGGUGAUGCAGAGCUGGGAUGACACCCUGAUAGUACUGCAAAAGUGCCAAACUUUGCUUCCGUGGUCUGAAGACCUGCUCAUCGUGAGCCGGUGUAUAGAGUGCCUCGCCUUCAUGGCCUGCAUGGAGAUCCUUGACCCAGAGAGAAGGCGUGACACGCCUGUGCUCACGUUGGAAGCGUUGAGCACACGAAAUUGGAGCUGUGAAAUGGGGAGGGAGAUUCUGAGUCAAGACCUUUGGAUCAAGGAUCUCAUUGCGCUGCCGUUUGGAUUUUUUAAGAGGAUUAUAGGAUCUUUGAGAAGGCAAGGCAUGAAGGAAAAGUACUUGAGCCCCAUCAUUGUUUUCUAUGCUAACAAGUGGGUGCUUUCGACGAAAACCCUCCAAUUCUGGGAGAAUUCUGGUCAGAGAAGUGGGGAUGAUCACAAAGUUUCAGUCAUUUUACAAGGUGUUCUUGAUUUGCUGCCGAUGGGGGACAAGGUCGGUCGAUCCAUCCCAAUCGGGUUUUACUUCGCAAUUCUUUCUAGAUCCCUGGAAGUAGGUAUGAGGAUCGAUAGUAGGGUGAAGCUGGAAGGGCAGAUUGUAUCUCUGCUGCACUUUGCUCAGCUGGAAGACUUCUUGUUUCCAAAAAGUGGGAGUGAGUCAAUUUCUUCCAGUACGGAGCUUGCAACAAUGGAGAGCAUAAUUUCAACAUAUGUAUCAUCUACCAUGGAGUCGGACAACAAUCUUUCAGCAGGAAACACAAUUGUUGCAGAAUUGUGGGAUGGAUAUCUUUCCCACAUAGCUCCUGAUCCAAACAUGGAGCAUAAAAGGUUCAUGGAACUCAUCGAACGAGUCCCGAUUUCAUACAGACACUGUCAUGAUAAACUCUACGGGGCAAUGAACAUCUUCUUAAAGGCGCACCCGAAUACAUCCCAGGAAGAGAAGUGGGCAGUCUGCAAGUACCUCAACUGCCAAAAACUGUCACAAGAGGCAUGCAUUGAGGCUGUUCAAAACGAAUUGAUGCCGCUGCGUUUGAUUGUCCAGGCGCUUUUUGUCCAGCAGCUCAGCACACACCAAGCUUUCAAAGAAUGCUCAGAUUCGUUCAGAUAUGCACAUUGUCCAGAGUUUUCAGGGAGCCUUGAAAGCUCUAGGUGUCCAAACUCAAAAAGCCAGAAUCUCGGAGAUAGUCCAUGUGUGGACAGAGCAGAGUCCGGAAGCAGACCCUUGAGCUUCUUGCUGCAGAAGGACAAUGUAAAUCAGAGGCCUGAGUUAUCGAGGAAGGAAUAUGAGUCAACAAGCUUCAGAAUUCAGAACCUUGAACAAGAGCUCAUGUCCUUGAAGCGGAGCCUUCAAUGGCAGAGCAUUUCAAAGAAAGAGCCCGUCUCAACCACAGAACCUACCAUGAAAUUGUACGGCAAAGAAGGUAGAUCAACAAGCAAAAGAAGUAACCCGCUCGGACAAGUGACAAGUUGCAUUGGCUCUGUGAAUUUUGCCUCACAGAGAAAGUAUGCCAGUAGACUGCUGAAGGUCCUUCGGCGGAUCUCCUUGUUUGGAGGUAAAAAGCCAAAGAGAAAGCCAGCUGCCUCCUCUCCAUGGCCUAAGCCGAUGCAGCAGAAUACUCGUCAGAAUAAAAUGUGCGAAAAUCAGAACCACUGAUGAUUGUAAACAAGGCGUGAAUAACUGAUCAUGUAUAAUUUUAUUGGAAAAUGUAGUUUUGCUCAUUCACUUGCAACCAGGGCAUCAAUAUGAGGAUAGUUGUCUA